AUGGAGCCAAAUGGAGUUUCCAGUCCUGCGCCUGCGCCUUCUGCAGGUGAUUUGAUUCUCCAGCAGAGAACCGAGGCGCUGCAGUCCGCGCAGAAAGGCGAUGGGAGCCUGUUGUCACAGCUGACGAGCAAUCCCUUGUUCACCGCGGGUUUCGGACUCGCUGGCUUAGGAGCUGGAUUGACCUUCGCGCAAAAAGGUGUCCGACAUGGCGCCGCACUUCUCCGCCGCCGGAUGCUGGUGGACGUCGAGAUCAGCAUCAAAGAUGAUUCCUACCCAUGGUUUUUACAUUGGAUGACCCUCUAUCAGCAGUCACAGCUCAAUGCAGGCAAGGCUGCAGCGAAUAGCACCGGUUACAUGGACCGCUUCCUACAAAAAAUCACCCCCGGCAUGCGCCACCUCUCCAUACAAACGCAAAAAGUCGAGCACUCCAACGGAGCUAUCCACACACAUUUCUCACUGGUUCCGGGGCCGGGGAAACAUGUCCUUCGAUACAAAAACGCAUUUGUGUUUGUCAAUCGUAUGCGCGAAUCGAAGUCGCGUGAUAUUCAAACCGGAAAGCCCUGGGAAACAAUCACCCUUACCACCCUCUACUCUCAACGCCACAUCUUCGAGGACCUCUUCACCGAAGCCCACGCAUACGCCGCCAAGUCACACGAAGGCAAGACCACCAUUUAUAACAGCUGGGGAACGGAGUGGCGGCCAUUUGGAAACCCUCGUCGGAAGCGUCCUCUGGAAUCCGUUGUCCUGCAAGAAGGAGUCAAGGAACGGAUCGUGGAGGACGUAGAAGACUUCAUCUCUAGUUCAUCGUGGUAUCACGAUCGUGGUAUUCCAUACCGACGAGGGUAUCUUCUAUAUGGGCCCCCGGGUACGGGCAAGAGUUCAUUUAUCCAGGCGCUAGCAGGCGAGUUGGACUACGACAUUGCCAUUCUGAACUUGAGUGAGCGCGGUUUGACUGACGACCGGUUGAACCACCUCCUCACUAUUGUUCCGAACCGGACCCUUGUUCUUUUGGAAGAUGUGGAUGCCGCAUUCUCGAACAGACGCACGCAGAGCGAUGCAGAUGGCUACCGCGGAGCCAAUGUCACGUUCUCGGGAUUGCUUAAUGCACUGGACGGAGUCGCGAGUGCAGAGGAGCGCAUCAUUUUCCUCACUACCAACCACGUUGAACGAUUAGAUGAAGCUUUGGUCCGUCCCGGUCGCGUGGAUAUGACUGUGCGCUUGGGCGAGGUGACUCGCUACCAGGUUGGCUGCCUCUGGAAUCGAUUCUACGAGGAGCUCGAUACCGAUGGGGUUUACCGCAAGAUGUUCCUGGACCGGCUCCAGGAACUUGGUCUGAUUGAAGAUGAGGCUGGUCACAAGGCCGAUCGGUCCUUGAAUACCAGUGCUGCUGCCCUCCAAGGCUUGUUCUUGUACAACAAGGGCAACAUGGAGGGUGCGAUCGCCAUGGCGGAGGGACUCACCUACACCGCUCAUACUGAGGCAGUGGGCCACGACCAAGGAAAAAGGGACUAA